GAGAGGGGAGGGAGACAUUAUUUUCAGAGAGAGAAGAAGAAGAAGAUGAUCUAGUGAGAGAAGAGAGAGAGAGUCUCAUGGGAGUCGGUCUAGGAUGAAAAUGUGGAGUGGAUGAGCGAGGAUCUGGGCGAGAAUUGAGUUAUGAAUUAUUAUUGUUAUAUAUUAUAUUCUAAAUUUAAAUUAGAUGCUCUUAGAUUUUCUUGUGAUUUUUUUUUUUAAAUUCGAAGUGGUAUAUGUAUAUAUGUGGGUGCGCGUGUACGCAUAUAAAUUCUUCCAAGUGAGACCCAGCUCUGUCUCGGACAAGCAAACUGAGUUUUAGGAUAAUCUGAAUCACUCUCUCUCUCUCUCUCUCUCUCUCUAUAUAUAUAUAUAUAUAUAUAUCCAUCCACAUUUCUUGCUGAAGAUUGUUCUUAGCUCUGAGUUGAUUGAUUGAUUGAUUUGGUUCGAGCAAAAAAGUUAAUUUGUGGAUUCAUUGCUGCUUUGCAGAUAUACGUAUGCAUAUCUAUAUAUUCGGGUAAUGAGCUAACAAAUCAGGUUUCUACCCGUUUCACUAGAUUUUUGAACAUGAAAUCCCCAGCCAGAUUCUUCUUCAAUUUCGGAUCAUGGGAUUCUCCGAAGGGAUGAUCUUUUUGUCCCUUGAAGCAGAUCUUUGCACAUCUCUGUUUCCUUACAUAAAUUUGAGAACACCUCACUCCCCCAGACUCCCUUAUAAUUCUUUGCCCGCUUUUAGGUGCCAGCAGUCAGCAGUAGCACCCCACACCCCGGAAAUGCAGUCUUAAAUCGAAAACCGAGAUCCGAUUCUGGGAAUUCCAAUUCCGGGAAUUCUGUGUAUUUCCUGAGUUAGAUGGAAUAUCGAGAAUGCCACAAGAAGGACAUAAUCACGGAGGAAGCACUGCCAGUAGCGGAGGCGGUGGGAACACAGGGAGUUUUGGUAGGUCAUCCAGGAAGCAGAAGAAGGUCCCUCAGCGGGGGCUCGGAGUUGCGCAGUUGGAGAAGAUCAGGAUUGAGGAGCUCAGGAAGAACGAUGCGGGAGCAGCCGCACCCAUGGCUCCAAAUGCAAUCCUGCCUCCUAUGCCGUCUGCAGUUUCUCAAGCCACUGAUGUGCUUGAAUUGGUGAGGCAAUCCGAUACCGUUGUGAUGCACGGAAAUAUACAGAAGGUGUGGAAUUCGGCAAAUCUUGGAUCUGAAUUGGGAACUACGGUAAUAGACCCCACAUAUGCCCGUCCUUCAAAUUGGAACCCGCAGGGCGAACCAGACCCUAUUUGGCCUCCCCCUGCAGGUCCUAUCCCAAUGGUCCAACUAGAAUAUCUCAACCAGGUGCACGCAGCCGUACAAUCAGCACCUACUUCCUCGUCGUCGUCUUCGUCAUCGCUGUUGAAUUAUCCGAUCGAGCCCCCUUCAAACCAAAACUAUCAUCACAGCUGUUACCGUCCAAUCAAUGCCGAGGUAGUCGGUAUUAAGAGGCCCCAUCCCUGGACUCCGUUCUCUCUCGAAAAUCCACCGCCACCCCCUCCUCUCCGCCCAAGAACCGCUCAUCACGCUGGUCUGAUGAAUGAAUCAAUUUCACUUGGCAGUGGAAGCAGGUCUAUCCACGAUCCUGGCAGUGGAAAUUUCAGUGUCUCGUUUUCAGCCUCAAGUUCGGCACAAGAUUCGAAGUCGACAAGAGGCUCGAGGGAAAACGGGAACCUCGGCGAAGUCCUCACACUUGCCCCUCCAUCAACUUCCUCAACAUGGCCGAACCAAAGGUUGACGGAUCCUUCGCCUGCCUUGGCAUCGAAGAACCAAAACAAUUUCCAUGUUCUUGAGCCACAUCAUCUAUAUCAAGAACUGAGUGACUUUCAGCAAGGAUCAACAUGGCCGGGUGAGCAGCAACAACAACACUACCACAACUUUCUCGCUCCUGCAAUCUCACAAGAUGCUCAAGCAGAUACGAGUUCAAAACCGGGCAAUGGAGAACAUCAAGAACCUAUAGAUCUCGAGUUGAGGCUCUGAGAUGGCUAGACGAAGCGAACCGUCCGGCAGGCAAUCAGGAAUCCUUCCCCGAGUAUUAGGCAGGCUAUCAGGAAUUCUUCCCCACGUAAUCCUUUUAAUAAGUUUGUUUUACCACUUACCACCUGGCGUCGAGUUAUCGAUUCCCAAAUUCUUGCCAUGGGCCAUGGCAGAAUAGAUGGAAUUGUAGAUUUGUCUGUUCAAAUUCUAUAUUCUGAUUUGAUCUCUACUAUUCGUAAUAUAAAAAAUAUCGUAAUCAGCAAAUCCUGCGAAA